AUGGAAGCUAGAGUGCUGACAGUUUUCUGUAUGCUCCUCCUUGACUCUGUUGGACUUGUCUUGUCCGCUCAGAGGCUCAGACAUCACACACGCCUUGAGACCAGUUUAGCAUUUAGAAAUCUCUCAGUUAAUUAUCGCAGCAGAUACCCUCUGUACAUGAUGCAGCUGUACCGCUCCUUCAGGACUGCUGAUUUCUCAUCGUCAGCAGCUGUCAACACCGUCAUUACACAAGGUGACAACCCGUCAGCGCACAGUUCUGACUCUGUCCUGAGUCUGAUGGCCAGAGGUUGCCAUCAAGUGGGUGAAAGAUGGACAGUCACAUUUGACAUGUCAACCAUCUCUACUAGUGAACUCGUCCAGUUGGCAGAACUUCGGAUUUGGCUGCCAGCUUUCUCUGCCUCCAAGCGUGCCACUGUGGAUUUGUAUCACUCCCAAAAGCAGAGCUGUGACCCAGGCAGCACAUCAUGCCAGGAUGAGCACCUUUUCUUGGGGAGCUUUGCCACAUCACCCAGCAGCACAAAGUCUUCCUGGAAGGUUUUUAAUGUGACUGCUCUGUUGAAAUACUGGCUAUACCAAGGAGAUAGCGUGUCAAGCCAGGAGGCCUCAGGACAGUCUGAGACGGAGCAUGGGAGCGGUGCUGAGGAGGAAGGGGCGAUAACUGGCAGGUCCCUCUUCAAGAAUUUGGGAAUUAGGCAAAGAAAAAUACACCAUCCAACCAUGAACCAGGUCAUGAUGGUCAUCUUCUCUAAACAUAACCUGCCUCAGGAAGGUCAUUCAGCAUACAGUCUCAUUCAUACUGUGGAGAACUCCAAGUAUGUGACCACGGACAGAAUCAGCAGCAGUGACAGUCAAAGUCGACGCUACAAAAGGAACCGAAUGGAAAGGAUGAGAGUGGCUGCUGGAGCUGCACCUACUGCUGAACCAGCAGCAGAGCCGGUCCAGAGGCCGCUGUGUCGGAAGGUAGACAUGUGGGUGGACUUUGACCACAUUGGCUGGGAUGAGUGGAUUGUGCAUCCUAAGCGCUACAAUGCAUUUCGCUGUGAGGGAGAGUGUCCUAUACCACUGGAUGAGUCCUUCCAUCCCACCAACCAUGCAUACAUGCAGAGCCUCUUGCAUCAUCACCAUCCAGAAAGAGUAACAUGCCCAUCCUGUGUACCGACACGCCUCAGCCCACUCUCCAUGCUGUACUACGAGAACGAUGAUUUGGCCCUGCGGCAUCACGAGGACAUGAUUGUUGAAGAGUGUGGCUGUCACUGA